AUGAGGGCAGGAGCCCUGCUGUGGCUGCCGCAGCCACUGCUGCUGCUUCUCCUGGGGUUGCUGGGCCGAGCCCCAGGGGUUCAGGCCCAGGCCUGCUCUGUGGACAAAACCUUCUUGGAAAUUGAGGAGAACAAGACUAUCACCGAGCCCCUGGUGACCAUCCACGUCCCUGAGGGCCAGCAAGUGACCCUUGGGCCCUCGUCCACACCCUCCACCUUUCAGAUCCGGAACAGACAGCUUUUUCUCAACGUGAUUCCCGAUUUCGAGAGCAACCCCUUGCUGCAGGCACACCUGGAGUGCAGACGGGGGGACGUGGUGGUGACCCAGCUGAGAGUGUUCGUGUCUGUGCUGGACAUCAAUGACAAUGCCCCCACCUUCCUGUUUACCACCAAGGUCACAAACGUGAGCGAGGACACCCGGGUGAGCUCCAUCGUUAUCCCAGAGACAGAGCUGGAGGCCCAGGACCAAGACAAAGACGACACCUUGUUCUACACCCUCCAGGAAGUGACCCCAGACGCCACUGGCUUCUUCUCCUUGGUGGGCGUGAACCGCCCCGCCCUGAGGCUAGACAAGAGGCUGGACUUUGAUAAGUGUCGUAGCCUGACCUACCAGCUGCUGGCGCGGGACACGGAGGAAGAGGGCAUACAGCCCAGCCACACGGCCACGGCCACGCUGACACUGAGCGUCCUGCCGGCUGACCUGCGUCCCCCCUGGUUCCUGCCCUGUGACUACUCAGAUAAUUAUGUCUGCAUCCAAGCCCAGUACCACGGAGCUGUCCCCACAGGACACAAACUGACAGACCCUCUCACCCUGCGUCCGGGGCCCAUCUACGCUGUGGACGGGGACCGAGGCCUCAACCAGCCCAUCGCCUACAGCAUCCUGGACGGAAACCAGGGUGGUGUAUUCUUCAUCAACAAGUCCUCAGGCAACCUCACCCUGACCACGGGCAUCCUCAGCCCCAUGACCUUCCGGCUGCUGGUCAAGGGCGAACAGGCGGACUUAGCAAAGUACUCGGUGACCCAGGUCUCGGUGGAAGCCCGUGAAACCCAUGGGAGCCUGCCACACUUCCCCCAGAGCCUGUACCAUGGCACUGUGGCCCUCGGCUUGGGUGCUGGUGCACCUGUCAAGGACACAGCCAACCCCUCUCAGCCUCUGAGGGUCCAGGCUCAGGACCCAGAUUUCCCGGAGUUCAACUCGGCCAUCACUUACAGAGUCACCAACCACUCCUCCUUCAGGAUGGAGGGGGAGGUUGUGCUGACCACCAUCACCCUGCGCCAAAUGGAGACCUUUUACAUAGAGGUGGAGGCCAAGAACACGGUGACUUCGGCCACGGUGACCACAGUCGUGGCGAUCCAAGCCCAGGACCAGGAGCCCACCCCUACAGAGGCCGGAAGAACAACAAGACCUCCGAGCAGUACCACCUCUGAAGGCGCCAGGCCUCCUGGGCCCUCUCAGGGCCCCUCCACGACCAGCCCUGGGGGGGGCCCACACCCUCCCUCAGGUACAACUGGGAGGCCACCUGACUCGUCCACACCCAGGGGGCCCUCCACCGUGGGAACCAGCAUCUCUCCCCCACCAGCCACAUCAAGCAGGGUGCCUGGGAGUGGGGGAGGCGGCACUGAGGGAGGAGGUCUCCCAGACGGUGGCCGUGCUGAAGACCGACGCUUCACGGUGGUCGAGAUGGGUGUGCUAGGCGGGGUGCUGGGCGCCCUCCUUCUGCUGGCCCUGCUGGCCCUCACUAUCCUCCUCUAUAAGCAGUAUGGCCACAGGUUCAAGUGCAGCUCCCGAGAAGCACUGGAGCCGCAGCCUGGAGGCUUUGACAACCUGGCCUUCGCAGCUGACAGCGAGGCCAACUGGGAAGCUGCGCCUGACCCCGGCCUCGACCCCGACCCUGACCCUGACCCCGACCUGGCUGAAGCCCUGGCCCCAGCGGCCCUGCCCCGCACGCCCCCCAGCCUCACGCCCACCAGCCCAGAGCCCACCAGCCCCGCGCCCCUGGCUGCAGCCCCUGCUGGGGACAGUCCCGCGGCCAUGAGGUCCAUCCUAACCAAGGAGCGGCGGCCCGAGGGAGGCUACAAGGCCGUGUGGUUCGGCGAGGACAUCGGAGCUGAAGCAGACGUGGUCGUGCUCAACGUGUCCGGCCUGGACGAUGCCGGCGACUCGGGCAGCGAGGGCAGCAGCCUGGAGGACGCCCCAGGUCCAGCCGGAGGUCCCCAUGAUGAGCCAGGCGCCGAGUCCACCUACAUCUAG